UGUACCUAAGUUAUGCCCUUUAGCUGCUAUCACUUAUAAAACAUCAAAACCACUGUUUUCAAAUAUAUUGAAAAUCAAAUCAAGAUUUCAACCUUAAACAGGCCUUUAUACAUCUUUUUAAAGUAACACAAAUUUUCUUUAGGACCGGCGUAUAUGCGAAAAUCGGAGUGGCUACUUUAAGAUACACACUUGACAAUCAAGGUUUAUAACGCAGUGUAAUUCUUAAUUCUGUAAAGAAAAGGAAAAAAAAAUAAGGGUAUAUCUUAUUUUAUUUCCUUAUUUGAGAUGGCUGACCUGUGUGCAAUGUUGGUUGUUUUAUUGCUAGGAACUUUCCAUUGUUACGACUUGGUCAUAUGCAGUCCUAAUUGUGUAGAUAUGCUUUUCGAUCGGGAAGGAAAAUGCAUUCGAGGAUGUAAUCGGGGAUAUUGGGGAGACAAAUGCGAGAAGAACUGUCCAUCGACGUGUUCCGUGAGAGGCUGCAAUAGAGCUAACGGAUUCUGCAAUUGUUGCAUCGACGGUCACUAUGGAGAUAAAUGUGAAAAGAGUUGUUAUUUGAGUUGUUCUGGACGAAGUUGCAACAAAGACACGGGCGACUGUACAAAUGGAUGUGUGGCAGGAAAAUACGGAUCUAACUGCCAAUUCAGCUGUGGUAAAUGCAGCACUGGAAAAUGUGAAAGAAAUACUGGAUAUUGUGAAAACUGUGAAACAGGCUACUUCGGCCGAAAAUGUGAAAGAAAAUGUAGCGAAAAUUGCCUCAAUCAGGAAUGUGGAAAAAUGGAUGGACACUGUAAUAAUGGUUGCUACAAGGGUUUUUAUGGUUUUUUAUGUAAUAUGUCAUGCAGAGAAAAUUGUGUACAAACAAAGUGCAUCCAAAAUAAUGUUUGCAUUUACGGAUGUAAAACAGACAUGGCAGGAAAUGAAUGCAAUAAUAGGUCCUGUAUUCCAAACAAUGGGUCGUGUAUGGAUCGCGUCAAACAAAACACUUACGUUCAUGAUGGCAAACAAAGUUCAGUAAUCAACGUGGCAUCGAAGAAGUUUGCAGUCAAAGUUUUGUUCGGAAUCAUUGCCAUUAUCAUUACCUUAAUAUUGCUUAGUGUAUUUCUUAUUGUAAGGAAAGUCAGACAAAGGAGGAACCAGAUUUUAACCAGAGGGGCAAACGCAGAAGUGACAGACAAAGUGGAAAACAUCGCAGGCUACCAAGAACUAGGACAAUUAAGUCAACCCUCCCAUUAUGAAAAACUCAAAUGAGUGUUUGUCUGUAGGAUUAAAAAAUCCUGUAAAUAUGA